GUAACUGUCAAUGUGUCAACUUUUGUUAAAAAUAAAUCUAAAAUUUUUCAAAACAAAAUUCAAUAUUAAUAAUUUCAUAUUUUAUAAUUAUCUCGUUUAUAAUAGGAUUUCAGCAAGCUCUUGCUGUUGAAAAUGUUGCAAUGUAGACUUGCGAGGCGGAGUAAUAAACAAGAUAGCGCUAAAUUAGAUAACGAGCAAGAUCCCGGCGAGGGACCGUCGACAGAGAGCGUGGACAUAAAGGUGGAACCUGAUGAUGACUUCCAGGAGCCUCCAGAAACAACCGUGCCACUUGUUUGUAGAGUUUGUCUUAAAGAUGGUCACAUUCCCAUCUUUGGUGAUAGUGAUAAACUCACAGAAGAUGUAUCUGAAGCUUUGAGCACCUUUGCCAACAUAGAAAUUACAAUGGAAGACAAUUUUCCUAAAUAUCUGUGCACAGCUUGCUAUUCUCUACUGCAAGGUGCCAUCAUAUUCCGUAAAACAGCACAGCAUUCAGAUAAAAUCUUAAAGAAACCGAAAAAGGAAAUAAUACAAGAAACACCUUUUGAUGAUGAGGUUUCCCACUCAUUUGAUGAAGAUAACUCAAAUGAGACUCGUGAAAAAACUUAUCGUUGUAAAAAAUGUGAUAUAGAUUUUAAAUGUGCAAAAGACUUGCAGAACCAUAGAAAGGUAACUAACCACUGGAAAAUGAAGCGUCCAUGCCCAAUAUGUAAUAAAGUUUAUUCAAAUUAUUAUUUCAAACGGCACAUGGAAUAUCAUAAACAUUCAACUCCCUAUGUCUGUGAUGUUUGUGGAAAAGCAUUUGUGCUGCAGGGUCAUUUUUCUCGUCACAGGAUGACCCAUGACUUUGAACUGCCCUUUCAGUGCACAAUGUGCCCUUAUAGAGGCAGGUUUACUGAGUCACUCAAGAUGCACAUGAGAAGUCAUACUGGUGAGAAGCCAUAUCAAUGCCCCGAGUGUCCUGUGCGAUGUAUUAACAUGAGUAAUCUGAAGAGGCACAGGAACACUCACAAAAAAGAGCAUGACUUUAAGUGUGAAACAUGUGGUAAAGGAUUUUUUAUGAAGAGGGAUCUAGAUCUGCACUUUAAAGUGGAUCAUACAGGCAUCAAAGACCAUGUGUGCAAUGUUUGUGGGAAAGCUUUUGGAUAUAGAAAACAAAUGAUGAAACAUCAAUUAAAGGUACAUAAAAGAGAGAAACUGAAGAGUGGGCGUAUGCCCCUAUAUUUACAGGUUGAGCGUAAGAAAGAGCUAGGGGAAAGGGUUUAAAAAUGCCUACCUGUACCUAUAUAACUCACAUGUAUGUUAUGUUAUUAUAAUCGUUAUGCUUUUUGUCACAUUAUUACAAUAAAUACCGAAAUAUAAUUAU